UUUGGUUAUUACCUAUCGGUUAGGAAUAGGUUUUUUACAACGACCGUAAAACAAUUCUCAAUAUAAAUAAAUGCAGGCGAAUCACAUAGAUAAAUAAUAUUUUGCUCGAAAAUUGAAAUGGAGAAUUUUGAUCCAACUUUCAAUUGUACUGGCAAAGUUAAUAUAAAUAAUUGGUAUAUCAAUGAUUCAAGCUUUUAUAAGAAGAAAGAUUUAGAUAUAGUUCUGAAUAACAAUAAAUCAUGUAGCAAUGGAAUUUUUAGUAUUUUUAAUUAUGAAACAACUGGCAUCAGUAUUCUGUUAAAGCUUCAACAUUUUAGUAGAUGUUUAGAUUCUAGAUUAAAACAAUUUGAAAGAUAUGAAAAAUUAAAUACUAUUAAUGAAACAUUUGAAUGUCAUCAAACAGUUAGCUUCUAUUUAUUAAGAAAAUCAACAUGUGAGUUUGUUUAUUACCUACGUAAUUAUUUGAAAUGUUUAAAGUCAGAGAAUUUUGCACUUAAAGACAUAAGUAGUGAUGCAGAAAGUGAUUUUGAUGAUUUAGUUGAUACAAUCAUUAAAUUUCUCAAUAGACUAAAAAACAUACCAACAUCAACUUUUCUUUAUGUUUCAUCAACUUCUGGAAAUUCAUCUAAGCACCCAGAAUAUCAUCUAUAUCACCUUCAUUUGGAUUUACGCUGGUUAUUAAUCACACUUCUUUAUGUAAAAAAUGAUCAAUGGGAUCAUUUGAAUGAAAUUACUGAUGAUUUGAAAAAUUGUAUAUACGACAUUAUUGCAGAUUUAAUAUAUAUAAAUAUGAAUAUAUUUGAAAGUAUUCCUAUUGUGGAACUACAAACAAAAACACCAUACAGCUGUACUUGUAUGAGAGAAUUAUGGUUGAUACUACAACUAUUAUUAGACGAAUUAAGCAAAAAGAAUGUAUCUAAGUGUUUUUGGAAUUAUUUUAAUUCUGCUUUGAAUAUGUUGUUUUUUAAUAACUCUAUGGAAGAGAUGCCUCAUAUAAAACAAUAUGGAAAUUUCUCAGAUUGCAAGAAUCCAGAAUUAUUCUGUAUAUGGUUAACAUACCAUUUAACAUUAUUGUAUGGGUAUGAUACAAAUGGCAAUUAUUUGAACAGACCAUCAAAUCGAUAUGAAGAAAUCCAGAUGAUAUUGAGUAAAGAGCAAGUAGAUAAAAUUUUGAAAGCAUAUGUCAUAAAAGGUGGUAAAGAAGGUGAACGAGAUGAAAUUGAUGAGGAACUUUGUGUCAUGAUACCUUUAUUACAACUUUUAUCUAUCAAUUGGGGGCAAUCAGAUUUUCAAUUAUUUGCAUUAUUAUGGGAUUGUUUUCAUAAGAGAUUAGAUAAACCAUUUUUAUUACAGACUCGUGGACCAUGGCUAACGUCAUCAGAAAAAAAAACUCCUAUGGACAUUUUGAACAGUGUUAAAGAUAGAUUGAAAAAUAACAAUGAAGCAAGCCAAGAAUCUAGCUUUAGCUUAUUUUUACAUUUAUUAGGAAUGUUUUUAAAAAAAAAUUAUAGUCGUACAGAAUCGAAAAUAUGGCAUCAAAUUAAAGGACGAAUUUUUAUGAAAAUCACGCGAAAAAAAUUAGAAGAAAGCACAGAAUGUGGCCUUUAUAAUUUUGUUUCUUUAUGUCUAACAUUAGCUGUUACUGCUGAUACGUGUGAUGCGACUAUAUCUAUGUUAAAAGUUACUCCAGAUGUCCAUAAAUGGACUGAUGCUGACAGUGCUAAAAAAUGUUGUUUGUUAUGGAAAAGUCAACUUGCUAUGUUAUUGUUAUACCAUGAAAAAAAGAUACCGCUGAAAGAAAUAGCAACCUAUUUUACAAAAACGGCUGAUACACUAUGUUGUAUUAAUGAAGAAAAUUCUCGAUCAAUGAUGGUAUGGUACAUCGAUGUUUUAAGAAUAAUUUUAACACAAAACAAUAACUUUGAAUGUGAUGAGCAUGAACUUUUGAGUGGUUGGAUUGAUAGAAUCCUUAGCGACACUGCCCCAAAUAGAGUUGGAGUUUUAAUUAGUACUCUGUUGAAAGUUUUUCUGAAAUGUGUACAAAAUCGUGAUUUUAUAGGAAAUCUAUUAAUGAGGAACGCUAUACUCCAACACGCCUCUGGUCGGGUUCGCACAAUGAUUACAGUUAAUGAUUUAAGUAAUAAUCUUUACGAGAACCUAACAAAAUUGGGGGUUGCACUUACAAUAGAAGCUUGCAAAGAUAAUGUUACACUUAAAUAUGGACAUUCAGCGGCAAAACUUUUUGUGCAUUAUACAACAUGUCCUAUUUUAAAUGAUAUGAGAGUACCUAAAUUAUAUUUGAAUAUACUUCUACAAAAUGAUUUGGCUAUAGAAUUUUUAAAAAAAGAAAAAGAAAUUAAAGAUUUUGAUCUUCUUUGUAUUCAGUUAUGGAUAAAAACAAAUAUUUUAACUAAAGAAGACAAUGAGGACUAUUUCUGUUUCAAAAAUUAUGUUGCCAACAUACCAGUAAUAAAAGAAAUUAUGAGUACAGAUAGAGAUUACUAUGAGUUUUUGCAAAGUAAUGAACCUUUAGCUAAAUUUUUACUUAUUGUUUCAAAAAAACGCAAGACAUUUCAGACUGAACAAGAGCAAAUGACUUUUGAUAAUAAAUGCAAGUCAUUUCUUUUUGGCAUUGAAAAGUGGGCUGUUCAACUUAUAAAUAACGAAAAUAAAGAUUCUAAACUAUCAACUUGGAUCUAUCAGUGUAUUGGAUUAAUUACAAAAACUUGGUCUCAAAUUUUAUACUCAAAGAAUGCAUCAAAUAUGCUAAAAACACUCAUUACUAAAAUAGCUCUACCUCUAGAUCAGGAAAGUUUGUCAUGCCGUAUUCAUUUAAGCCAGAAAAUAUUCUCCAUGAUCAUUUUAGGCUUUGAAAAUUUAAAUAUCAACGUUGACAUAUCUUUACAAAAUUUAAUAAGAGAACUCUUUGAAAGAUAUUUAUCAUUUUUAGUUAUACCAACUGAUAGCAAUGAACGCUCUUUUAAAUUGGCAGAUCAAUUGUCAAUGUGUUUCUUUGCUAAACCUGAUUUUACAAAGUCAAUUUUUUUUAUUUUGGCGAAAAAUUUGAUAACUUUACCACAAGACCAAACCACACAUUCAGCUUGUUAUCUGGUAAUGCAUUUACUAAUAAAUUUAAUCAAAGCCGGUAAAACAUACUCUAUAGAAAUAUUGGAUUCAAUAAUAUUAGAGUGUGUACCAAAUAUUCUGAGUUGUUAUUGCCGUGUACACGACUCGCAUCCUCAUAAAAAACAUACUAUGGAUUUUUUGCGGGAAAUCACAACAAGUCCUUACUAUCAAGAAAAUGUGUCAUUGAGAGAAAAGUUGAAGGACUUAACGUGGAAUGUAUUUAAAAAAACUACCAUACCGCAAUCAAAAGCAAGUUUUAACUUAUUAAGUUUUACUUUCAAGAUAGAUAAAGAACUUUAUAAGUACUUGUACACUAAAAUGGAAACAUUAGUUUGUGGAUGUGAAAAAAAUCAAUUUUCAAAUGCUGCUACUUUGAGAUUUCUACUCAACAGUGUAAAGAAGAUAUAAAAAGUGAAAUAGUAAAGCGGAUUCGUUGAAACUUACAAUUAUAGCAUUUAUUAUGUAUAUAUUCACAUGUCAUACUAAAUGUUUCUAUAAAAUUU